UCCCUCCCCAUUUUGUUUUUUGAUGGAGCAGGCAGGUCUGUGACUACUGAAGGCGCUUAUUAAACACCGCCUUUUACUCCAGCAAAGCGUUCUGUCACGGUGAACUUGGGCAAGUGGCCGAAGGCGGCAACAGCAGCACUAUCACCACCGCCUUUGCUGCUCCCCCUUUCCCCAGGCCACGUGCCAGGGAGUUGCUGGGGCCGCGAGCGGAUCAAGCAGCAGCAGGAGGCGCCCCCGGCUGCUUUGCAGGCAACCUCCAUUGGCUGAAGAGCAGAGCUGCCGCUAACGUCAAGGCAGCGCCCAGCUCCUUGCAAAGCUGCUACAGUGAGAGAGGGGAUGCUGCUGCCGUCGCUGCUGAGGUUGCCUUCUACAUUUGUAGCAGCGACCGCAGCCGCCAGCCUAAAGCUGGCAGUGCAUGAUGCGCGUAACCCCGGCUUCUUCCUCCAGCAAUGGUCCAUAAGGGAUUCCUAUUAGCUCAGCUCGUCUAAACUAUCCCCAGGUUGAUUAACUACUCCCGGGAAGGGGGAGAAAGAGAUGGGGAGAGAGAAGAAGGGAGAAUGGCUGUCUCUGUCCCCUGCUUGGUAGCAGCAGCAGUAGUAGCAGGCACCGCCACCCCCCUGGGGGCAGCAGCAGGCAAGUCAAUGCGGCAGCUUCUCCAGUGAGGGACCAGCAGCGCAGUUGCAGGAGACAGCGGCUGACCUGUGCGCGCGCGCGCGCGCGCCUGUGUCCUCGCUUUCUGUCUCUCCUCACUUUGCAAAGGUGCAAGCUAGGAAGAACUCUCUCUUUUCUAUCCCCCCCCUCGCCGGAUGCCCUCUAAUACUACGGUUGAAGCAUGGGAGCGCUAACCAGCAGGCAGAACGCAGGAGUGGAAGAGGUGGAUGUCCCGUCUAAUUCCAUCUACAGAUAUCCUCCUAAAUCCGGAAGCUACUUUGCCAGUCACUUCAUCAUGGGAGGUGAGAAGUUUGAUUCUACACACCCUGAGGGCUACCUUUUUGGAGAGAACAGCGAUCUCAAUUUCCUUGGGAACAGGCCUGUAGCGUUUCCAUAUGCUGCCCCACCACCCCAGGAGCCCGUGAAGACAUUGAGAAGCUUGAUCAACAUCCGAAAGGACACAUUGCGCCUAGUCAAGUGCACAGAGGAAGUGAAGACUCCAGGAGAAGAAGUCAGCAAAGCAAAAGUUCAUUAUAAUGUGGAGUUCACUUUUGACACUGAUGCACGGGUGGCUAUAACAAUUUAUUAUCAGGCUACUGAAGAAUUCCAAAAUGGACUAGUGAGUUACAUCCCCAAAGACAAUAGUUUACAGUCGGAGACUGUCCGCUACAAGCGAGGAGUGUGCCAGCAGUUCUGUCUCCCCUCCCAUACUAUUGACCCCUCAGAAUGGACUGAAGAGGAGCUGGGCUUUGAUCUGGACCGUGAAGUCUUUCCCAUAGUGGUUCUUGCAGUGGUUGAUGAGGGAGAUGAGCAUAUGGGCCAUUGCCAUGUUCUACUGGCAACAUUUGAGAAGCAUGCUGAUGGCAGCUUUUGUGUGAAGCCCCUCAAACAGAAGCAAGUGGUAGAUGGAGUGAGCUACCUACUUCAAGAGAUCUAUGGGAUAGAAAACAAAUACAACACACAGGAUUCCAAGGUGGCAGAAGAUGAAGUGAGUGACAAUAGUGCAGAAUGUGUGGUCUGCCUCUCUGAUGUUCGGGACACCUUGAUCUUACCUUGCCGCCACCUUUGCCUCUGCAACACCUGUGCUGAUACCUUGCGUUACCAAGCCAACAACUGCCCCAUCUGCAGGCUGCCAUUUCGGGCUUUGCUACAGAUCCGGGCCAUGAGAAAAAAGCUUGGACCCCUUUCCCCAACCAGCUUCAACCCUAUCAUCGCCUCACAGACAUCUGACUCGGAGGAGCACUCGUCUUCAGAGAACAUCCCUCCGGGCUAUGAGGUGGUCUCCCUUCUGGAAGCCCUUAAUGGGCCUCUCACUCCAUCCCCAGCAGCUCUUCCACUCCACGUACUUGGGGACAGCCACGUGUCGGGCAUGCUGCCCUCAUAUGGCAGUGAUGGCCGUCUGCCUCCCAUCCGGACACUGUCUCCCCUUGACCACUUGUCGGAUUGUGGAAGCCAAGGACUCAAGUUGAAGAAGAGCCUAUCCAAGUCAAUAUCCCAGAAUUCCUCAGUACUACAUGAAGAGGAGGAUGAGAAGACCUGCAGUGAAUCUGAAAUCAGGAUUUCCAGGAGAAAGUCUCCUCGUCCUCAUGAGGAGGAAUGUGGUGUGACUCCAGAGAGUGAAAACCUUACCUUAUCCUCCUCGGGAGCAAUAGACCAGUCUUCGUGUACAGGCACACCUCUCUCUUCUACAAUCUCUUCUCCAGAAGAUCCUGCUAGCAGCAGCCUAGCACAGUCGGUCAUGUCCAUGGCCUCCUCUCAAAGCCAGCACUCUGAGAUCAGCACUGACACCAUGUCUUCCAUGUCAGGCUCCUAUGUAGCUCCUGGCACUGAGGAAGAGGGGGACAUGGUCCCAUCGCCUGCUGUUGCCAGUGCAGUACCUUCAGAAGGAGAUUCAACCCCUGUUGAAUCACCAGAUGCAAACUUUGUCAGUAUCUCAGCAGAGGAGCGAGAUGCAGAGGGGAAUGACGUCAUGGAGGAAGAGGCUGGCUCCCCCAUGCAAGAAGAUGGCCAAAGGACAGGCGCAUACCUAGGUAUGGAGUGUGACAAUAACAAUGACAUUGGCAACGCAAGCGUGAAAGCACUGGACAAUGAGCUGUGCUCUGAGGCCUGCUUACCUGGUAUCCAGACGUCAGCUGAUAAUCCUCUGAAUCAGAGUCAGACACUGAGGCACCACUUUUCUGCCAGCAGCAUCAACCUGGAGUGCGAUGAAGAUAUGCAGUUCAUGCUGGGGCCUCUGGGGCCUCGAUGAUGAUACAUUGCAUGGAGAGAGAAAUCACAACACUGAACAUAUUACCCUAAAACACUAAAGCAGCAAAACUGGGGGCACUAGCCCUGUCAAAAACUGCAGAUAAUGUGACAUGAUUUUAAAAACUGCACACACAGUAACCCAGCAUUCAAAUUGCCCCUGUAUGCUAAUUGCCUAUGAUAAACUGAACUCAAAGUAGGACUGGGUGAAUGGCUUGAGUUGAAUUUAAUGACGAGUGCCUCCAUAAACUUUGAUGCUUUGUCUCUGUUGUUAUCAUCUUGUCUACUCAGCAUUCCUUUUUGAUCUUUGUCUUUAUGGUAUAAAUUGCCAUAAUGCCCCUUUCCCUUUUUUAUCUAGGAAUUAAUACUGUUUUACCUAUUUAUAAUUCUGAAUGGGUGCACGUAGAAUGUGUACCUGUAAAAAUGUAAUGUAUGCAAAGGACAAAUUCAUACUAACAGACUAAUGCAUUGGCACAUCUCCCUGAUCAGCAGACCUCGUAGCAGAGGAAAUGAGAUGAUUGUUGUGUUUCCCAUUCUACCCUUCCCCUGUAGUCUUUCAAGUUCUGUUUCAAACCUGCCUGGAUAGAGGUUCUAGGCCACAACUACGGAAUCGCUGUCGGGCAUGUAUGUCUGAUCUUCAAGAUCCAGGCUGUUCUGAAUUCUUGUAUAGAACACUAUACUCCAUAGAGGUGGCAAGAUCUAGUACAAAGGAGAUGCGCCGUUUAUAAACAAGGUGCAUCUAGCAGCUCUAUCUUGGAAUGGGGGGGGGGAGAGGUGGUAGGUAGCCAGCCAAGAGAAAAUUACAAAAGGGAUUCAUUAUGUGAAAAUUCGCACACACACAAUCCCCUCUGUAGCUGUUUUCUACUAAUAUGGGAACCCAGCAGGAGGGAAAGAAUAAGUGGAGUUAGACAUGUGUGAGCUUAUGACUGGGCAAAGGGAACUGGCACCAAAUUAUAGAAGCAUUAGUAAGUGCACUAUUGUAAAGUGAUUUUCUUAAGGUAGACUGUCCCUUAAAUUUCAUGAAUUACUUAAAAUGCAAUCUAUAUGAUAAAAGCCUUUUAAAGUCAUCAAUAGUUAUGCAUUUGUUCACUUUUAACCAUCUUGUUUAGGUGGUUUCCUUGGUGAUGAAUGUAUAGAAGUCCUGCUGAAGCAGUGGUUCCCAACCAUUUUAACAAGCAAUAUCAUUUGGUCUUUGGUUGGAACCCACCUGUUGAAUCUACUUCUCAUCAUUCUUGUGCUGCAUUGUCAAAUGUCCUCCUUCCCCCCCCCCCAAUUAUUGGCAAUCUGGUGAAUCACCAACCCAGUCUAUUUAAAACUUGCUGUUAUUUGCACUAAAGCCAGUGGGCAUUUUGCCAUUCUUGAAAUGAGGAUGUGACUGCUAGUAGACACAGCCAGAGAAGUAGACUGAAGAAACCAUGGACGUAAAGUGGUGUUCAAGCAAUUGCAACUAUUAAGGAUGCAUUGGGAAAUGAAACCUCCUCAUGGUCCAGUAAGAUUAGAUUGGUGGUGGGGGUUAAAGCUGGACCUGACUACUCUAUCCUCCUAUCAUUGCCCUGCAUUUCCAUUCCUUCAAUUCUAUCCCACUAUAGAACAAAAGCAAUGCUACAGCUGAGCAAUAAUCUAUUUCAGUGCUGCUACUUCAUUGAAGGAGGACUCGCUGAAAGGAUCACAUAUGGAGAGGGAAGCUUCAUUUAGCUUGAAUACCUCUACUUUGCCCUUUAAAAGAUGGAAAUGGAAAUGGCCUGCCUUCAAGUCAAUUCAGACUUAUGGCGGCCUUAUGAACAGUAAGCGGUAUUCAGAGGGGGUUUACCAUUGCCUUCCUCUGAGGCUGAGAGGCAGUGACUGGACAAGGUCACCAAGUGAGCUUCCAGUGUAGGCACCCAGUGGCUGUGUUGGGGAUUCGAACCCUGGUCUCCCAGGUUGUAAUCCAACACUCUUAACCACUAUGCCACACUGGUUUUCUUUAAAAGAUUAGGGGCUAUAGUAUUGCUAAUCAGUUCAUAGAAGAUAGGUCAGUGGGCUCUUUGGAACCUCCAGAAGGAGGAGAGGUUACAUCUUUUGCUCUGCAUUGACUCCGCCCCCCAUAUUCAAGGGCAAAGACUCAAAUCCUCUCAGGACUUCCUAUCACACCUUGCUUUGUGUGGUCAGACAAGAAGACAAUUGUGUGCAUUGUCUUACCAAACUACAUAGCCUUCAGGCUACCACUUCCCUGCCUGCUUUUUGUUUUUCUUUGAAGAGGGAAAUGGGAGGAUUAAUGAGAAUGUUGGACACUUAAGUUUGUCUGGAGAACGUUAAUCAUGUGUAUAAAAACAACAAAGCGGUAUCACAUCCCAAGUGUGCACAUACCUAUUUUGUCCCACUAUCCUUGCUGGUCAGGCAGAUUUUUCUGCAAAACCUGAUUAUGAGAGACAAAGAGGUAAGUGUACACACCUAUUGUGAUACACCUGUCACGCGGCUCUAGCUUUACCCUCAUUGAUUCUGGUGGUCAUGACAGACUCUAAUCUGAGAGCUUGAUAGAAUCCUUAACUUGUCAGUUGCCACAUUGAGGAGCAUUCAACAUGGGAGUCUUGAAAUGGCUGUGUGGUCUUGGAGUCCUCACAAGUAUGGGGGGGCAUGCCACAAAUGUUUGCUGUUCUGCAAGCUUUAGUUACUCAAGCUGUCCUGACCCACCUCUCCAGGAAUUAGCCUGUUUUAGAAAGUUCAUUUUCUCAAAAUCUACCUCAGAUUUCUUUGCUGUCAAAGACACAGAACACUGUUACAAGGCAAGAUCUGAGGUUGGGAGAAGUGUUGAUAAGAAAAAUAGGACUGACAGAGGCAGCAUGUUUGUGUGUUUUUCUCGGUUCCCCCAAAUACCCCUCAGAAGCAAGCUACUGUUUAAUGUUCCAGAGAUUUCUCGAAAGAUUGUAAUAUUGGUAAUGUAAACUGGAUUUGGAAGGGAUUUUCUUGAGAUGAUGAAUACUUUUAAACAAGCCCAUACAAAUGUAUUUUUCUCUUGUGUCUUUUUGUAUUCCCGUUCUAAAGUGGGGAGGAAGGUAAAGGCCCAGAUGUCCCAGAACUUUUGUUUGUUUGCUUUUGUUUUAGAUAAACUGAAAUUGCCAGAUGCAAAAUGGUGUCUAUCUAGAAUAUGUUGCUGUAAAGCAGGACAGUAGAGCAGGAAAGCAGUUUGUGCCUCAUACAGGAAUGCAGUCAGACUUUGAUCUUAUGGGCGCAUGCCACAGCAUGGGGCUAUGGAACCUUCCAGACACACUUGUGUGCACCUCAAUGGCAAUGAUGCAAUAUGUAUUUAUGACUGCAUGACUCUUUAAAAGAGUGAAUAAAACUGUUUACAAGGGAUGGAAAGUUGCUGGAUGGAAUUAUUUGUGGGUUGCAUUGUUUGUCACUGUCACACUCUUAUGGUCAAUGUAGUAUUUUAUUUUUUACCUGUCCUUCACCCUCAGAUCCCAGGGCAGGUGUUACAACAAUUUAAAACCUUUAAAAACAAUUUUAAAACAACAUACAAUCACAAAAAUGGCAAACGU